AUUCAUCCACCGUCUGCCAAACACAAGAUUGAUGUGAACAUUACGCAUCCAACCUAGCCUAGCAACAAACCUCGCGUAUGGCUUUCUGCUUCGACUGUUAAUAGUACUGAUUAAUCACCAAAUCUCAUCGUCUUGAGCAUCACUACCGGACGAGCCCUGUACGAUUCUUGCUACGUCGAUAACAUCCCGUGGACCCGUGCCUGCGCAUUGGCUGGUUCUAGAUCCUCCUCCCAAGGAAUCCACACGCUGCGACCCACGCUGUGACCGCGCCUCGUUACGCCCUCUGUUCAAUAACACACUUGAUUUCUUCGAUUGAAACCUGGCCCAAUCGAGUUGCCCCAAACUUAAAGUCGCCGCAACCUUCUAGUCGCUUGCUUUAGGUCUGAAGACGCAGCAAAGAUUCAGUCCCGGUCUCUGGGCUGUCGUCCCGCCGCGAUGGCUCGCGCCCCUGCUCCGGCGCUUCUUGCCCAGCUCCGAAACGCAAGAUCAUUUUCAGAGCAAUAUUCACUGCUCCGUCAGUUGAAGACUGAGAUCAUUGGACAUGUUCAGCGCCAGCAGAGAUGGGUCGUUCUUGGCAUCCUCGAGCCAGUCGUCCAGAUUCUGCGCAACAGUAGAUCCCAAGCCAAGCCGAAUGGCAAGGACACCAAGACUUACUCUACAACGUUAAAGCCGCUUUCUGAAGAGGAUUCGGUGCGCUUGCAAAUAAUCCAGAUUCUCGCUGGCUUUGCACAUGGUGGUCCAACAUUCCUUGCUCCGCUACAUGCUGCUGGCUCACUUUCAGCUCUCCUCGAAAACUUGUGCCCGACAGACAACCACCCGCGCAUCGUCCUUGCCACAAUCAAAGCCCUUCGAGCCUAUGCCGAUGCCGCCACCUUGGCCUCUGCCGCUUGUCCCAUACAGCGAGUGACCUUGGCCGACGAGAUAUUCGCCGAACCGCAUAUUGAGUCGAUACGCAGUAUUCUUGUAUCUCCUGGCACGUUUCCCAUUGUCUCAGUCGGCCUGGUGAACACGGUCGCAGGCCUCCUUGGGGUGCUCUGCUGGGAAGAACGACAUCAGGUAUCAAUCGCAAACUCUGGCAUACUGGAUGCGCUAGCCACGAAGCUUGCCAGCAUCGUUGUAGCCCGCGGCGAGGUUGUUCCGGGCGCUGACGUUGCUGCUCAGAACGAGGGCCUGGGUGAAGCACUACCGGAGCCUGCGGCUUGUGGGACAAGCCUGGUUGCAAUAUUGGAAGCUAUAAACGCUAUUGUGGCCAAGUCAAGACUACGGGCUUGCAUGCUCCUGUAUUCACCCUCUAUACUCGCUGUUUUUCCUAGCAUGGACUUCAGGCCGCCAUCAGGGGAGCUUCGGGCAACGUGGGAUGCGUUGGAGAGUAUGGGACUGGGCCUUUCACGUCCGCCCACGCUCGGGGCAGUUGAUUACUUGCUUCCCGCUACACCGUGCAAAGACAAAGGCCCAGCGUCUCAAUUUCCUGCUUAUCCACCAGUAGCUCCUGCAACUGGGUCACAUUUCGCGAUUGGCAGGACAAGUACAAACGCCGGGUGGGAAUCUCGCCUCUUCCAGCCUUCACAGACGGUUGGCGAUAGCAGUGAGGAUGCCGAGGUUCCUCUGAUCCCCUGGCUCAUUGCUCUGGUCAGGUCGACGACGGGCAUGGAGAGCUUGCUGGCAGUCUCCGUGCUCACAUCACUGUACAAGGCCGGCUUUGCGCACAAGUGCAGAGAGGCAGCUUUGGCAGCACUCGUUAUCCCACUUUUGAUGAAAAUACUCAAUGAGAGCGGCGAACACCCUCCAGCCCCAACUUCAUCAGCCUGGGUGGAGCGUGAAACUGCUGCGAGAUGGACUAUGCAGGAGCGCGCCCUCGUCGUACUGGCCCAUUUGAUCACUGACAGCGAAGUUCUUCAGAAGGCUGCCUUUGAUGGUCAAGCCGUCAAGACUACAUGUACGCUUCUGAAGGAGGCUUACGAAUAUCUUCCCUCUACGAAGAAUAAUCUCAAGAUAUGGAGUCCUACACCUAGAGAGGAUCAAGCAGAAGGCUUCCUGGACGCCAUCUCAGUGACAGACUCACAUGCUCAGCUCCCAUUACAUAGGCAUCGGGUACAACUGAGAGAAAAUGCGCUCAAGGCCCUGGCAGCACUGCCCUCGAAGAACGAAUAUCGAAAAGCAGUUUGUGACCAGGAUGGAUUUGCCUUUAUAAUCGAGUCUCUCAGCGAGCACCCCACCAAGAUCGCAGGAUCCCGGCCAAUGCCCACGGUGCGCGAGCAGCUUGCGAGAACAAACAACAAAACUUCAGACGACGGCAAGGACACCGCUGAGACUGACGCGCAGAACAAGAACCCAACCGAAGUACUAAUAGCUGCUUGCCAUACUAUUCGGAUGCUGGCACGAUCUGUCGCCAUUAUCCGAACUACCCUCCAAGAUUCGGGAGUCACGGAUCCCUUAUUCAAGCUCUUGCGCCAUCCAGAUGCGGAUGUCCAGACGGCAGCUACCGCGGCGGUCUGUAAUCUGCUUACCGACUUUAGCCCAAUGCGCGAGAAAUUUUUGGACCUCGGGAUCAUGAAGGUUCUUUGUGACCACGCCCACUCUGCUACACCUUCACUGAGGCUGAACGCCCUAUGGGCGCUCAAGCACUUGAUUUCUGGGCAGAGGCCCGAGAUGAAGAAGACUUGCAUGGAGGUUUUGGAUCCUAACUGGCUGACGCGCAUUAUUGCCGAGGACAUUGAAGAUCAAGCUCUUUUGGACAGGGUACAGGGUGAAUCUAGGCAAAACCGAAACACGCCUGGCGAUGCGGGGGCAGCACUGGACGAAGAUGUGGAGAUGGAUCGCCCCGAAGAUGAAGACCAAAGCAGCCAUGGUGACGACGGUUGGGGCCCAACUGCACCCCGUUAUGAACAAGCCCGACUUAGUCACGAACGUAGCAGGACUGGCAGGCUACGUCGUGCUGAGAGCAAACUGGCCGAACUGCGUGACGUGGAACAGAACCCGGUGCGCAAAGCCAGGAAAGAGGACCUUGAGAUUCAAGAACAAGGUCUUCACUUCAUCCGCAACCUACUUGUUACUUCGUCUGCAGGAAACCAUGGUGCAAGCUCAACCGCGGCCGGACUGGACCAAUCUCAGGAUACAGAGGAGAUGGUCGACUAUCUGUUUGAGGUCAUAGGUCAGGAUCGACUCUUCCACAUCCUAUCCACCAAGCUCAGGUCACGGGUUGUGAACCCGUUCAAUCGGAGGUCUUCUGGCCACGGCGGUGACAACUCAGCAGCUCGCGUCGUCUAUCCGCAUGCGAAGGUGGUGGAGGCAGUAAUCAACAUACUGGUUCAUAUUGCAGCAAGCGUGCCGCGGCACAGGCAGAUGGUGAUACACCAGGCUGAUUUGCUACGGCUACUGGCACCGCACUUUUCCAGUAACGACAAGGAAGUUCGAGUGGCAAUAUGCCAACUUCUCAGCAACCUUACGUGGCGAGACGAUACAUCAGAUGCGAUCAAGUCGCAAGAGCGAGCCGACCAGCUUGCUAACUUGGGGUUGGUUGACAGGCUCAAGAGCCUUCAACAACACGAUUCGGAGCUUGAUGUGCGCGAGAGGGCUAAAGGGGCUCUCUGGCAGAUCAACCAGGGCUGUGGCGGCGGUCACUAGAAGGGUGCCGAACAUGGGCACGGGUCAGCGGGCCACGGCUGGGCUUUGGGGGGCAAUCCGGUUGACUUUAGUCUCGGUAGAGACGGCGCGGGUGACGCCGUGGGUGCACAAGAUGCAUCAUUACCGCCACCUCAUUAUAUAUCACCACCAUUCUACAGUCCUUCCAUCGACAUCGUUGACGAUACGAACAUUUCUCCAAUGAGCAGGCCUGCUGAUGUAUCCAACAUUCACGCCACUACUCUAGCGCACUCUAUUUUAUCCAUGCGUCCGAGGCCUCCUCUCAGUCGAUACUCGGUUUCCGAACUGCUGAGUCUCGCGGCACCUGACAGACGGUUAGAUGACGCAGUAAAUGCGCUGCUGGCGGGACUUCGGCAAGAUAUGUUUGCCAGUCAGUCACCUGAAACAGGAACGAACGUAGUCCCUCGGGCUACAAACGAACACAACUUUGUGGAAGCGCACCAUCGAGCUGUUUUCCUCGACCAAAUCGGCAUGUUGCCAUCGGAUUGGUCCGAGCGCUGGCCGAACCCGAAUGGCUUUACUACGAUCACACACCGGGUUGAAGUCCCAGUUGCGAGAAGGUGGGCCAUUGACGGCACAGUACUGCGGCUGCGAGAGGGACAGCAUGAAGUCGUCUUGUCGGGCCAAGAGAGCGGGCGCAGCAACGAAGAUGCCUCGCCAUACAAUGCCACGAUGCUCGUGUCCGUAAAACGGACAGGGACGAGGAACAUUCUUCAUAUGCUCGGAGACAGGGUACUGGAUGUAGAGGUUGACGAAAUUGUAUUCCUGGUUACUGUGGGGGUCGCCUCUGUGCUUAGUUGGCGCAGUGACGCGAACUUGCGUCGCUUCAUUGACUUGCAUAUCGACUCGCUGAUUUGGCGACCGAGACAUCUCGAGACUCGUUCUGCAACGGAUAAUGAAGAGCAUGCAGAGUGGGUGCCGGUCGAUGAUGGUAACGACGACAGUGACGAGGUGCGGGUGACAAGCCCACCAGGCCUCUCCAGUCGGCACUCACGGUCCACAUCAAUGCCCGUCAACGCACGUAUAACCCGGUUCAAUACAAGGUACCGAAGAAGUUCUUGGACCACAACCGAUCGGCGACGGUCGCAGCGGACUCGAACAGACCUUGUUACGGUCGCAGAUUACAUGCGCGCAAGAAGUGGACGGUCAUAUGCGCUUGCGCUGGCUGCUGUACGGCGGAUGAUCAACGAAACCAGAGGGCCCCAGCCAACGCCUCGCCCUUAAUGCUACAUGGGGAUAACCCCUUCCCUUUCUUGGUCAUCGAAGACUAAAAUCAAAUAUCCUGAUUUUGAAGAGCAUGAUUCUAGGUGCGCCUACAAACGGCAUUGCGUCUCAUUGUAGCCAGUCCCUCGAUAAUGCAUUUGUAUGGUUGUAUGGGAUAGUGGAUAGAGCCUUCUAUGGCUCGUCACGGUUAUUUUGGUGCCUUGCGCACAGAGUCUGAGCUGCAUUGCCUGUAUGAUUCUUUCCAUUGCAUAUGUUUAGCCUUUUUUCCAUGUCAUGACCGUCAUGACGAAGCAUGACACCACCAGAGCAGACAUCUGGACAUGUAUUAUUUGGAUUCUGACUAGCGCUCUCUUUGUCUCAUUGCCAUCUAUUUUGCGCAACAUGUAUAACUGGCGAUGACUUGAUGCCGCACGCAUCAUACUACCUACUCUGAUUAGACAUUAAAAAAGCACGUCUUCCUUCUUCGUAAAGGUUUCAGGAUACAAGACUGAACCGGUGUACUGCAGUAACCUUGUCCAGACACUUUCUCAUCCAUGCUCUCCUUAGCUGUUAACAGAGGGGUGAAGCAUACCUGGCCU